UAUAAAUAAAUAAGUAAAAAAGACGAGUCAGAGCUUUCUGGAAACAAGGCCGUAGGAGAGAGAAAGAGGGAACCGAGGAGAGAGAAAGAGGCAGAAUUCGACCACAGAAACACAAGAAGAAGAAGAGACGAGGGUGAGAUGGAUUUGGACACGGAGAAUAGAAUAGCUGCAAUUCUUAUGAAGGAAGCUGCAGAAUUGCGACGACAAGCUGAGAAGGAAGGUGUGCAUAUUUAUCUCCAGAAGCCCCAAGUUAGGGGUCGACCCAAUUCCUGUUUUCUCUGGAUGUGGUUCCUGUCAGAGUUAUUAAGGCACUAGAAAUGAACACAGAGAAUGUACCUCAACUCACAUUUUUAUCGGACUGACAGAAGGGCAUCCAAGAUGUUGUAAAGAGGAAAUUCCUGACUUCUUCCCAUGCUUUCUGUAUGCGCCACUUGAGUGAAAGCAUGGGCAAAGAGUUCAAGAACUGGAGGCUUGUUCAUCUUCUAUGGAAAGCAGCAUAUGCCACAACUACCAUUGCUUUUAAAGAAAAAAUGGCAGAGAUUGAGGAGGUUUCUUCUGAAGCAGCCAAGUGGAUUCAACAGUUUCCAACUUCCUGUUGGGCAUUGGUGUAUUUCAAAGGAACACGAUAUGGUCAUCUCUCUUCAAAUAUUGAGGAAUUCAAUAAAUGGAAUCUUGAAGCAUGGGAGCUGCCCAUAAUCCAGGUGAUUGAGCAGAUUCACGGUAAACUAAUGGCUGAGUUUGAGGAGCAGCGUUUAAAGAGCAAUUCAUGGUUUUCAGUUUUAGCCCCAUCUGCUGAUAAGCGAAUGAUGAAGGUGAUUGGCCGUGCGUCAACAUAUCAAGUAGAAUUUGAGGUUCUAUCAGCCGAGUGAUCAUACAUUGUGAACAUAGGGACUCAGUGCUGUUCCUGCCGUGAUUGGCAACUCUAUGGAAUCUCAUGCUCCCAUGCUGUUGCAGCCCUCCUCUCAUGUGGAAAAGAUGUGUACGCAUUUACAGAGAAGUGUUUCACUGUGGCAAGUUAUCGUGCAGCAUAUUCAGAAGAGAUACGCCCCAUUCCCUGUAAAAUUGAGUGGAGAAGAACAGUCGAGGCUCCUGUGGAUGAUGACACUCCAGUUGUGCAACCACCAAAGUUCCGUCUACCACCAGGACGCCCUGAAAAGAAGUGAAUAUGCGUAUAGGAUCUUAAUAGGGAGAAGCAUACAGUGCACUGUAGCCGGUGCAACCUAACUGGACAACAAAACAACUUGCAAAGAGCAUAAUAUUAUGAAGAGCAUAGAGCAGUUUUAGACAAUCUAAUUUCGUACUUGUAAAUCAUCAACCCCUGAAGGAUUAGUUCUUAUAUUAUGGAACAGAAUAGUUAAGGUGUGUUUCGGGCAUACUUCGAUGGAGUAUUGUAAAAUAGAUGUCCAUUGUAUCUUAAAUGUAUCAGUAGCUGGAAUGAACUUUGGAGAUAUAGGAAAUGCUAGUUUGCUGCUA